GGCAGCGGGAACACUCACUCCUCUACCUCUACCACGGCCACAACACCCACAACCACACCUCUACCUGCCUCCUCCUAAUUUUCCGAGUCAUUGUAGCAGGUAGAGUGGUUGAGGCGAGUGUGGGGUGGAGUGUGAGGUUCGGUGACCCACUACCUGUGCCCGAGGAGGUGCGCACACAGCUGCUGGCUUGUUUUACCUUGGCCAGGAAGAAAGGUACACUGUCAUUGUUUUAUCGCCUGGAUAUGAAGGUUGUGGCAGAAUGUGUGUAAGUGGCGGUGCCGUGACGGGGGAAUGAGUGUGAAGGGCGAGUGAGAGAGGAGCGAGGCGCGGGAGGCCCACCAGCUGGUCCUCCAACACUGCCCCAACACCACCUCUAGUGUCCUCCCUGUGUCGCCUCACCACCAAGCUGUGUCCUGUCUCCAACACCCACACCAAGAGCCUGGGCCACCAACGACAAUAUGUCGGGUCAACGUGGGGGCUUGGGAGGAGGAAGCAGUAGUGGGGGGAGUACCAGUGGUAGCAGUAGCAACAGCACUGGUACUAGCAGUAAUCCCCAUGGGUUAAAACAAAUUGACCUUGAUCAAAUAUGGGGUGAUCUUAGACAAGGCAUUGAACAGGUGUACAAUAGUCAAGAAAUGUCAAGACCUCGCUACAUGCAACUCUAUACACAUGUGUAUAAUUACUGCACCUCGGUGCACCAACAGUCUACUAAGGCUGGGAGUAGUGGCAGUGGGCCACGGGCCAAAAAAAGCACAGCUACAGGUGGCGGUGCUCAAUUUGUUGGUCUAGAACUUUAUAAACGCCUUAAAGACUUCCUUAAGACAUAUCUUCUUACACUUAUGAAGGAUGGAGUAGAUCUGAUGGAUGAAGAAGUUCUGAGGUUCUAUACUAGACAAUGGGAAGAAUAUCAGUUUUCUAGUAAAGUUUUGAAUGGUGUUUGUGCGUACUUGAAUCGGCAUUGGGUGAAGCGUGAAUGCGAUGAGGGCCAUAAAGGUAUCUAUGAAAUUUAUCAACUAGCCCUUGUCACUUGGCGGGACCAUCUAUUUCAGCCGUUAAAUAAACAAGUUACAAAUGCCGUGUUAAAAUUAAUUGAACGUGAAAGAAAUGGUGAAACUAUCAACACGCGGCUAGUUUCUGGUGUGAUGAAUUGCUAUGUUGAACUAGGUUUAAAUGAAGAUGAGCCUAGUGCAAGAGGUCAAAACUUGUCUGUAUAUAGAGAAUCAUUUGAAAACACUUUCCUAGAGGACACGGAACGUUUCUACACCCGCGAAAGCACAGAGUUCCUUAGAAACAAUCCUGUCACAGAAUAUAUGAAAAAGGCUGAGACAAGACUUCUAGAAGAGCAGCGAAGAGUUCAAGUAUACCUCCACGAGACUACAUUAGAGAAGCUGGGAAAAACCUGUGAGAAGGUCCUCAUUGAGAAGCAUCUUGAAAUAUUCCAUAACGAGUUCCAGCAUCUUCUCAAUGAUGAUAAAAACGAAGAUCUUGCUAGAAUGUAUCAACUUGUCUCAAGAAUACCAGAUGGUUUGCGUGAGUUGCGGACAUUAUUGGAGCAGCAUAUUACUAACCAGGGCCUGGCAGCUAUUGACCGCUGUGGCGACUCUGCUGUUAAUGACCCAAAAAUAUAUGUACAGACCAUCUUGGAAGUUCAUCGCAAAUACAAUUCUCUGGUGCUAACUGCAUUCAAUAAUGACACCGGCUUUGUAGCAGCUUUAGACAAAGCGUGUGGCCGCUUUAUUAAUAAUAACAGCGUAACAAAGCAUCCAAACUCCUCGUCAAAAUCUCCAGAGCUUUUGGCUAAAUAUUGUGAUUUGCUCCUUAAGAAAUCGUCUAAAAAUCCAGAGGAAGCAGAAUUAGAAGAUACGCUAAAUCAGGUUAUGAUUGUGUUCAAGUACAUAGAAGAUAAGGAUGUAUUCCAGAAAUUCUACAGUAAAAUGUUAGCCAAGAGAUUAGUACAGCAUAUGUCUGCUAGUGACGAUGCUGAAGCGUCCAUGAUCUCUAAGCUUAAGCAAGCAUGUGGUUUUGAAUAUACGUCCAAAUUACAGAGAAUGUUCCAGGAUAUUGGUGUAUCAAAAGACCUAAAUGAUCAGUUUAGGAAGCACCUUGUCAGCAGCAAUGAGCCUUUAGACUUAGACUUUGCUAUCCAGGUGUUAUCUUCUGGUUCAUGGCCCUUUCAACAGUCACAGACAUUCACACUUCCUCAUGAGCUGGAAAGAAGUGUAUCAAGAUUCACUACAUUCUAUUCAAGUCAACACAGUGGUCGGAAGCUGAAUUGGCUGUUUCAUCUUUCUAAAGGGGAAAUUGUUACUAAUUGCUUCAAGAACAGAUACACACUACAAGCAUCAACAUUUCAAAUGGCUGUGUUACUCCAGUUUAACACUGCAGUUUCUUGGAGUGUUAGCCAUUUACAAGAGAUGACUGGCAUAACCCAAGAUAUUCUCCUUCAAGUAGUGCAGAUCCUUCUCAAGUGUAAGUUGCUCAUAUCUGAAGAUGAGGAAGACCUUUCUCUGGAUUCACGGGUGAACCUUUUCCUUGGAUACAAAAAUAAGAAACUCAGGGUCAAUAUUAAUGUGCCAAUGAAAACGGAAAUGAAGAUUGAGCAAGAGCUUACUCACAAGCACAUUGAGGAAGAUCGUAAACUGCUGAUUCAGGCAGCCAUUGUUAGAAUCAUGAAGAUGAGGAAAGUAUGUAAACACCAACAGCUGCUCAUGGAAGUUCUUAACCAGCUGACACAAAGAUUUAAGCCUCGCGUACCAACUAUAAAGAGAUGCAUCGAUAUCCUGAUUGAAAAAGAAUAUCUUGAAAGAAUAGAUGGUCAGAAGGACACGUACAGUUACCUCGCGUAAGAUGAUUUGCAUAAGUAGGUAAAUUGGUAAUCAGAAUGGCCGGACAUAGUGUAUUUAGGAGCAAUUGGAAGUGUUAUAAUGUCACACUUCAGGCCUUGUAUGAUAUGAGGCAUUUUUCCAAGGGAAAUAAAGCCUCGCUGUGACUUGGGUGAAGGCUUGUAGCCACAAGCCGUGCAUCAACUCGGAAUAACCACAGCGUAUAGUAUACAAAUCAUUGGCCAAUUCGUCAGAAUGGUCAAUUGCUUGUUCAAAAGUAUUAAUGUUUUAGGAUUUUAAAUAUUUUUCUCAAGCUAUUUUAUUUUCUAGACAAAAUUUUCAACAGGAAAGAUUAAAAAAAAAAAACUGGGGUUCAAAUCCAUCCUGUCCUGAUAUGUUGUUGCAAGAUAUCCAUUUGUGUUUCAGCAAAUGUAAAAUAAACUAAACUUAAUGCAGUCUUAUUUUCUGUGUUAUGAUCAGAAAAAGUCUGUAGUAAAGCAAGUAAAUUUCCAACUAGUGCGAGUCAUGAGGUUCAUAUCUCGGUGUACGUACAUCGGGUAACCUGCCUGUUGCUUCUUAUGAAAAUGCUCCAUUAUCAGCUCUCAAUCUUGAUAGAGGCUUGUUAUUCCUGAACAUCAAAACAUUGUAUAAGAAUAGUCUUUCAGUCCCAUUGUGGGAAAUACCCGAGAUCUACCCACUAGGCAUUUUAGGGCAUUGGACUACCAACAGUUAGUUCCUUGUGUCAGUUAUUGGGAUAUUAACAUUUCGGGCUCUUUUUUUUAAUAUAAAGUUUUCAUUAAAAAAAAAAAAAUUGUAUUCCAAAUACAAAGAGUUCAAAAUUAGUGAAGGAUUCAGCUUCAUAGCAGUAUUUUUAUGAUAAAAAAUGCUAUAUGUUAACCUGGUUUCAAAUUGCCUACAAUCCAAGACUUGUGUACACACAAUAUACACACACACCACACACAAAACACAUGCAUACACACUACUAUAGUGUAUAAGAUGCUGUUUCUGUGAUCUGUUUGUUAAGGAAAUGGUCCAGGGGCUGACAUUCAUGACCUAUUCUCUCAUCCAUGACUUGCUGGUUAAAAUAAAACUGAUAUAUAUAUAUAUUAAAAUGUGAAUUAACAUUCAGAAAAUUUGUAUUUACAAAAAAUUUAUUUGCUACCCAUUUAGUGUCAGUUGGGCCAUUGCAUUUUGAAUGUAAAAUUUCAAUAUCCACCAUACCAUGGUUUAAAAUGCUGUAUACAAUAGUGAUCACGUCUAAUCAAAAUGGUUCUAGUGUUAUGGAUUACAGGCUUUUUGUUUUGGUCAUGUACGAGUCAUCUCGGAAAUGCAAGACAUUACAUUGUCCACUAUUUCAGGGAAAUUUUCACAAUAAAAACAAGAAUUGUAUGAACAUAGGGCUUUUAUCAAAUAAUAAUUCUUCAUACUAUGUUAAGGUCUGAUGAUAUCAGAAACUUGACAGCCUAAUUUGAUUAAUCAGAUAUAACCCAUUUAGUCUUUCAUGGUAUCUAGAGAAAAUCUUUAGUAUAAUAUUUUCCUUUUGUUUUAAUUAGUACUGUCUACUCUUUAAUCAUUGUAGUGGCAAUAUAUCUUUCUUAAAUUUUCAUUGUUUUUUAUUGAAUUAUUUAUGCACCCCAUAAGUCAUAGCAAGUAAUUGCUCCAUCUAUAUUUUAACGCUUGCGAUAUAUGCAUAUUUCACACUGCUGUUAUCAGCUGUCCAUCAGUAUCAAACAAAUUUAUGAAAAGAAUUGUAUGACACUUUUUAUAUUAAAGAAGUUAUCUUUCAAUUGUAAUGCAACUUAUCACACGUGAGCUUGUGACUGUAUGUAUGGGAACAUGGCAGCUUCACUGGUGUUGUGGCACUUCAUUCACUUGCUGCCUCCAUAGAAGGUAAUGCCACAGGAAUGUUUUGUUUUCAUAUUCAUGACCUUCAUUUACCCACCACUGUUGUCACCUGAGGGAUAACAGUUGAUUUGUUACGUUUGUAACACACACUUAGCCACACAUUUUAAUAGUUUUCCUCCGAGAACUCCUUGUUUGUGGAAGUAAACAAUGAGCUUUAUUGAUGUAAUCCUCCCCCGGGCAUAUUAUCACAGAACUGUCACAUGGCUGUCCCUCGUUUCCCUGUAUAAUGGCAUUUUAAGCCUUUAUACCAAAACCUGUUUCGGUGUUGAACUACAGAGUGAGAUUGUGUUUUGGAGCUAUUGUAAAUAUUGAAGUAUUGGCUGACUAUGUCAGUAGCUGAAGUUAUUAAAUGUAUUGUUUGUUAAUGCUGCUUAGGUAUGAAUUAUUAUGAAGGCAUGGCUUGGCAUGCAUUGCAGAAUAUAAAGGUCUUAAAUUAUGACUAUUGUCAUGGCAAAUGAUAAUUGUUAUGAAGCAGCAACUCGUGAAUAGCACCCCUAUGCAGGUGGCUCCUCUGCUUGGGGGUAAGGAUUUAUAACGCAGGUAGUGAGGGACAGGAAGCAUCAUCUCUGUAAAUACUGUAGAGUUUUUAUGUAAAACCUUAAUGCUAUAGUAUCAACUGUUCUAGAAUAAAAAAAUUUCUGUUGGCUUACGGGAUAGAAUAAAUUAUUUGAUGUU